AUGGUUUGGAUAUUUUUCUUCUUCGAAACCAACAAGCACAUUGAGCAAAGAAUAGACUAUCGGAAGAGUGUUCCACAGAUUUAUACUGUAGUCCUGUAUGUGUUUUCCAAAUGUAUCCUCAUAUAUGUACAAGCGCUUUUGAGUGGUACAACAGACGACGAAACAACUAGAAGAAAUUUACGAAUAGUGCAUACAUUUCAUUACUUAUUCGUAGCAAAAAUACCGCGGUAUCCAAAGCGUUGUUUAAAACAGCAAUAUUCUCAAAAUGGAAAGAUGACGAAACAGAUAUUAUCAACUCAAACAAUGCGAUUCGAUGUUGAGGGUGUUUACGAUAAUGACACAAAUGGUUACAUCCAACAUCAGAUAGAUAAAAGAAAUAUUUCUGCAUCGACAAAUUUAUACUAA